AUGGCGGAGAGUGAAACAUUUCUUGAGGAUGUCUGUCGCAAAGAGACGCGAGAGUAUAGAAAAAGAAGUUCCGUAGCAACCAGAGAGGAGUGGACGAAAAAGAGAGAGUACAUCCUGUCCCUCCUUGGGUACACUGUGGGCCUUGGGUCUCUGUGGAGAUUCCCCUACCUCUGUAACAGAAAUGGCGGUGGUGCGUUUCUCAUCCCUUACUUUAUCGGAAUUAUCACGUGCUCUGUCCCGCUGUUUUUGCUGGAGAUCACUAUCGGCCAGUUCUCAAGCAGGAGUGCAGGACACGUGUGGGUCCUCUGCCCUCUGUUUAAAGGUAUCGGUAUCUCGCAGGUGUUAUCCUGUGUAUUCGGAAGUGUGCUGUACAAUGUGAUAAUUACCUGGUCCAUGUAUUACAUCUGCAAUUCCUUCUGGGCCGCGUUGCCCUGGACAACGUGUGACAACUGGUGGAACACUCCCUUGUGUGUCAAUAGGCUUGGAAACGUUUCAUCCACCAGCGAGACCCACGCCAACACAACUGUUGUGGAUGAACGCCUUUUCAACUCAGCAUGGAGAAAGACGAAUGCCACAUUGACAGCAUCAGAAGAAUUUUGGCAAUACGGCACACUGAGGGUGUCUAGUGGAGUCGACAGCGUCGGGUCAGUCCAGGUCCAUCUCCUCCUCUGUAACCUUGCUUCCUGGGUUGUCGUGUUCCUCUGUCUCAUGAAAGGCGUCAAGUCUGUAGGAAAGGUGGUUUAUGUGACUGCGUUGAUGCCGUAUAUCCUGCUGACGGUGCUGCUCAUAAGGUCGUGCAUGAUGCCGGGAGCAGGAGAGGGGAUACUUUUCUUCUUACGUCCAGACUUCUCACGACUAGCUUCCGUUCAGGUGUGGCUGGAAGCGCUGCUCCAGGGGUUCUAUUCAACGAGCGUUACCUACGGCGGACUGAUCACCAUGAGCAGCUACAACAACUUCAACAACAGACCAUUGAAAGACUUGGUGUUGGUUACCGUCAUUGGUCAAGCAAGUAGUAUAUUCUGUGGUCUUGUGGUCUUCUCUACUCUCGGCUUCAUGGCGCAUCAGGCGCAGAUACCUAUAUCAGAAGUUGUGUCAUCGGGUUCUGGUCUGGGGUUCAUCAUCUACCCAGAGGCAAUCGCCCAGCUUCCGGUGUCUCAGCUGUGGGCAGUCCUGUUCUUCCUCAUGCUCUUUGUGAUGGGAAUAGAUUCUUUGUUCGGGAUGACGGAAACUAACAUAGCUGGAAUCAUAGACGCGUGUCCAAAACAGCUUCAACAACGGAGGUCGUGGGUCACUGCUGGGGUGUGUCUAGCUAGCUUCGCUGUGUCCAUUCCCUUUGUAACCGAGGGCGGAAUCUACCUCUUCCAGCUGUUAGACUGGUACGCCUCCUCCUUCAACGCACUGCUCAUUGGCUGCCUCGAGUGUGUCGCCAUCAACUGGAUCUAUGGUUCAAAGAGACUCAGCGACGACAUUGAGAUGAUGACAGGCAGGCGAUUUCCAGUGUUGCUUAAAAUCAUGUCAUCUUAUUUGACGCCCUUCAUACUCUUUGCUUCCCUGAUAUGCUCCCUGUUUCUAUAUGACCCCCCGAGCUAUGGCGAGUACAUCUACCCUGAAUAUGCAAAGGUGAUUGGUAUCAUGGUUGCGGUGGUGAUGUCGUUGCCCAUACCUAUCACCUUGGUGGUCCUAGUCGUCAAGGGAAAAGGGAGCCUUUGCGAGCGCCUGAGAUUUGCAAGCAGACCUUCACCCGAGUGGGGACCAUUACGAGCGGAAGACAAGGAGAUAUACCUUCAGAGCAUGAUCACAGAACAUAGUCCACAGAACAUGGUCCACAGAGCAUGAUCCACAGAGCACGAUGCACAGAGCAUGGUCCACAGAGCACGAUGUACAGAGCAUGAUGCACAGAGCAUGGUCCACAGAGCACGAUGUACAGAGCAUGAUGCACAGAGCAUGGUCCACAGAGCAUGAUGCACAGAGCAUGGUCCACAGAGCUCGAUGCACAGAGCACGGUCCACAGAGCGUGGUCCACAGAACAUAGUCCACAGAGCAUGAUCCACAGAGCAUAGUCCACAGAGCACGGUCCACAGAGCACGAUCCACAAUGCAUAGUCCACAGAGCCCGAUGCACAGAGCACGGUCCACAGAGCGUGAUCCACAGAGCAUGAUCCACAGAACAUGGUCCACAGAGCAUGAUCCACAGAGCAUGAUCCACAGAGCAUUAUCCACAGAGCAUGAUCCACAGAGCACGGUCCACAGAGCAUGAUCCACAGAGCAUGAUCCACAGAGCAUGAUCCACAGAGCAUGAUCCACAGAGCAUGGUCCACAGAGCAUGAUCCACAGAGCAUGAUCCACAGAACAUGAUCCACAGAGCACGAUCCACAGAGCAUGAUCCACAGAGCAUGGUCCACAGAGCAUGAUCCAUGGAGCAUGAUCCACAGAGCAUGAUCCACAGAACAUGGUCCACAUAGCAUGAUCCACAGAGCAUUUACACAAGUGGUAAGUGCAUUUUACAAAGGGCCAUGAAGCUGCACGCACUGCACGUGCAGCAGCUCUAUGAACGGUAUUAAAGUGCAGGGGCUUUGAUUGGCUGGCAUCUGCGUCAAUUGAACAGUGACAAUUCAACAAAAUGCCAAGAUUGACAGAAGUGCAAAGAAACAACGACAUAGGCCGCUUGCAGGCAGGGGAAUCCCGAUCAGCUGUAGCCAGGGUUUUCAAUGUAGGGUAUGGCCUCAACUGCGAUGGAGGGAUGUCUAGUUCAGCGUUGAAUCAAGACUUCUCCUCCGUCGAGGAGGAGCACGGAUCUACAGACGUCGGGGAGAACGUAACCCCGGAAACUGCGUACAAGAAGUGGACAGAUUUGGUGGGGGUAGCGUUAUGAUGUGGGCGGCUAUCUCUCAUCAUGGCAGGACAGGUUUGGUCGAUAUCAAGGGCAAUCUUACGGCUUAACGAUACAUCAACGAAAUUCUCCCACCACACGUCCUGCCAAAUGCAACCAACGGCAACGGUGUAUUCCAGCAGGACAACGCUUGAUCGCAUACAGCACGAAUCACAACAGCCUGUCUACACAACAACAACGUUGAUGUUCUCCCCUGGCCCUCCAGAUCCAGAUUUGAAUUCGACAGAGCACCCGUGGGAUGAAUUGAAUAGACGGCUACGCCGACGUCAACCACAAACCCAGACGUUGCAGCAGUUGUCUUUUGCGUUGCAGGCCGAGUUGGCUACCAUUCCCAAGGAUGUGAUUCGCAUAGUCGUCUCUUCCAUAGGCAGAAGGUGUCAGGCCGCUAUCGAUUCCAACGGGGCACAUACGCGUUGGUAGCUGACCUUCACCUUUGACUUUUUCUAUGUACCCAUAACUGAGAUGACUACAAUCACCAAAAUAUAAUUAAUGUUCUCUCCACAUCAUUUUGGCUCAAUACCUUGUACGGUUCCUCGU